AUGGCUGCCGCCGUCGCCUCCCCGGAUGUGCUCCGCCUGGGGGACGGCACCGAGAUCAGCCUCGCCAGGGUGCCUGGCGUCGACGAGUCCACGUGGGGCGAGGUGAAGGACUACCUGCAGGGCAACCCUGACGUGGCCAAGAGGCUGCAGGCCUUCUCGAAGGACCCCGAGGCGAUGCGAGGCUGGCUGCAGACGCAGGCCAUGUCGGACCACUACCAGAGGAAGCUGGGGGGCGCCGACGAUGAGGUGCAGGGCCGCAUGAGGGCGCUGGAGCAGGACCCAGAGCUCGCCCCCAUCCUCGAGGACAUCAAGAAGCACGGGAUGGAGGCAGUCAUGAAGCACUACCAGGACGAGGAGCUGAUGCUCAAGUUCAGUAAGGCCAUGGGCGGGGUGCCGGAGGAGCUCAAGCCCGCGCUGAAGAAGAUCGACGAGACGCCGCUCUCGCUGCACGAGGCGGCCAAGAUGGGCGACCUCAAGGCAUUCCAGGAGCACCUUGACAAGAAGAGGCCACUGGACACCCAGGACCCGAGGGGCAUCACCCCGCUGGGCUACGCCGUCGGCGGAAACCGCAUCGCCGUCGUCAAGCUGCUGCUGGACAGCAGGGCCAAUCCGUUUGCGGUCGACUCCAACGGCAAUUCGGCGCUUCACUACGCGGCCGGCUACGGGCGCAAGGAGUUGGUAGAGUAUCUGCUCAAGACGGGUGGCAGCGUGGCGCAGGCCAAUGCUCAGGGCCGGAAGCCGCUCGACGUCGCCACGCAGAACAGGCACGAUGCUGUGAUCCAGGCUGUGUACGAGGGCCACAGCGGAGGUAUCGUUGACGUGCUCCAGAGUCUCUUGGACAAGGCCCAGGAGCAGCUCGACGGGGCGCGGAAGACGGAGACCGCCGACACCCACAACUUCGAGAUGCUGAAGCAGUCGCUGGAGGAUUCCAUCAAGUUCGGCAACAAGGACCUCGACGACGCCAAGAAGGGCAUCGCUGCCAGCGGGCAGGCGAAGGCGACCGCGGAAGGAGACCUGGCAGUCACAUCCAAGGAGCUGGAGACGGACAUCGCCACGAAGGAAGACCUCCACCAGAACUGCCGGUCCAAGGCGCAGGACUUCGAGCUGGAGACCAAGUCUCGGGCCGAGGAGCUCAAGGCCCUCGCCGACGCCAAGAAGGUCCUCAAGGAGUCGACCAGCGGGGCGAACGACAUCGCGUAUGGUUUCAACCAGGGAGCCGCGGCAGCGGCAGCGUCUGUGCCCGACGACGAGACCUACGAAGAGGAAUGGGCCGACGAGUGGGCUGGAGAGGACUGGGCCAAGGACGACGACGAGGAGUCGGAGAUUCCCCCGAGCUCGGCGGAGUUUCGACGCACCCGCGGUGAUCGCAAGAAGUGGCGCGGAGGACCGUGCCCAGCCCCACCUCCACUCGAGGCCAGGUUUCAGAAUAUAUACAAGCAGCCGAGAUACUACCAGAAGUGGGUUAGGAAAGUCCACAUGUGGAAGGCCAGGGCGCGACACUACAAGCCGAUGGCCGAAUUGGCCCUGGACCUUUCAGACGUCAUCACGGGUGAAGGCGCAGAGAUGAUCGAGUCCUUGGAAUGGACCCGGUUGUAUUCACAGGAUGGUAUUGAUUUGGUGAUCAACUCCCUCGCCGUGUUUGACGAGCAGCAGAUCCUACAGGUUGGAGACCUCAUGGAAGAGUACGAAGAAGUGGAGCGUCUGCCCGGUGAGCUGCUGGCCGCAUACGUCGCGCAUUUCAAGGAUCUCGAGAUGCGGCUCAAGCGGGCAGAGCUCCCAGCUCAGCAAGGUCGGCUGGUCGAGAUCCCGACAAAGGAGGCGGCAAAGGACGAGAUCGACAGCCACCGAGAGGUUGACAGUAUCCAGGUCAUGCUGGAGGUGGCGGACGCUUUGACCGUCACCAGCGACAAGUUGAAGAAGCUGACCUUGGGCCGCGGGUGGACCGGAAGCGCCGCCCGGCAGGCCGCCGCAGACAUCGUCAGCACCGCCACAGAGAGGCACUGCGACGCCGCCGGCCGGCACGUCUUUUUCAGGAAGCAUUCGUGGAACAUUUACGGGAGACCGAUCCGGAGAUUCAAGAGCACCGGCGGCAUCUCAGAGGCCAGGGUUUCGCCAGACGUCUUCGAGGACCGGCUACAAGUCACGCACCUCUCGCCCGACGAGCUGCAGCAGCGCGUGGCCGCCUUCAAGAGCAGGGUCGCCACCAGCGACAAGGGGGAGGCCCGAUCGUCUCGUCGUACAGUUCAGCUGACGAGGCAGAACCUGGCGAUCAACGCGUGGACGAACCUGAUGCAGCUGAUCAUGAACCACCUGUCGCACAUCAUCGGUCGCAGUCGCGAGCAGUUCCGGCAGAACAUGGAGAUGUCGAACCGGAUGAUGGGCGCGAUCGCGCAGAUGGGCCACGAGAUGGGCUACCUGACACCGAUGGCGGACUCAGUGAAGGCGAUCGCGAGAGGAGCCGCACAGGUUCCGGAGAGCGUGCUGCCACCGCCGCCGGCACCAGAGGAUCAAGCCCAGAACUACUCACAGCUGUGCGAGAAGAGGGACGUGUGCGCCCAUCCGACAACGAGGAGGUACUACGCCAAGGGGUACUGGCUGAUCUGCGACCAGUGCGGCCGGCGGUGGAAGUCGGUCAACGGGAAGUGGAUCGUGAUGGUGAAGAGAGGCGCCUGGAAGCGCCUUCUCGGCAUUGCUAAGAAGACGACCGCAGCCUGCGAGACGCUUAUUAACGUGAGUCAAGAUGCCGAUCGCCGAGCUGCAGAUUUACGAGACGCGGAAUGGUGCUGUUCGGACGUGGCCUUCAUGGACAUUCCCGUUCCUGAGUUGCCCGACCACCGGUACCUGGACAACGAGUGCCAGGCGUGCGGCACCGACCUCAUCGAGGGCUGCGCAGGGACAGCAAGACCUACGCGACUCGCUUCACGCUUUGAGCUGAGGGCCUCGCCGAGCGCCGACAUAGAGGACGGCUGGGACUUGUCAACUACGCGCGGUGCUCAGAGAUGGAAAGAUCAGAUACUGAAAGACAAGCCACUCUACGUGAUCGUAGGCUUCCCCUGCACGCUCUGGUGCUCCUACAAUGUCAAUGUGAAUUACGUCGACCAUCCCGAGCUGCUUGAGAGACUUCGUGCUCGGGAUCGACGGCUGAUUGACUUGAUCAAGUGGACCAUCAAGUACCAGGUGAAGCAUGGCCGGUUCUUCUUGUUCGAGAACCCGCCGACGUCAGCGAUCUGGAAGGACCUCCAGUUCGCCCCGCUCCUGCCCUUGGGCGAGACCGUUAUCGGCCAUGGGUGCCAGUACGGGAAGACAGGCAAGACUGGCCUGCCGAUUCGCAAGGCGUAUCGCUGGUUCUCCAACUCGCCGCCCGUGCUUGCGGCUCUGAGCCGCCGCUGCCCAGGACUUCGUCCGGAGUCCGGGGGCCACUUGCACGAUCAGAUUGAGAACUCGAAGUGGACAAAGGCCAGCGGCGAGUACACCGACGAGAUGGCCCACGCGAUGCUCUACGCGAUCCAGCAGGUCGCCGCCCAGAGGAAUCCGAGCAGGUUCGCCGACAUGCCGGUUGCGGCUACCGAGUGGGAGGUCGCCUACAACCACGCAGGUCCCAUCGAGGUGCUGUUCGCCUCGCCAGAGAAGGACCCCACCAGGUGGGAGGCGGUCAUGCAGGGCGUCCGACAGAUCGUGGGCGGUUCCGCCAGCCGAGGCGGGAACAAGGCCAUGCAUUACCUUUCGAAGUCGUCCACGCUCUGGAGACAGAUUAGCCAGCUCGUCCCGUGGGACCUCACGAUGAUCCAGCUCGCGAAGGCAGCCAAGCAAAGGAGGUUCCCCAUCAACAAGGAGCCGUGGUCUCACCGUGGUCACUGCUACGUGGACGAGAAGGGACAUUACCAUAUCGAAGCCGAGGACCUGGUUGACGUGGCCUUCCCGACGUUGGCCUUGUCGCCGCCCGCGGACCUAGCCGUUUUCUUCUUCGGCUAUGCCAAGCAGGAGUCCCUCCCGCAGGAGCCUGACACGUCACAGAUAGAGAAGCGAAUGCCGCUUCCCCCGGACCCGAACGACCCGAUGCUGCCGAACAACAGCCUGCCGCCCGACGAGGACGACGACCUGCAGGACGUCCCGAUCGCUCGGAUGCCUGACGCGUCCGGCGGUAUGGCUGGUAUACGUUUUGUUGGAGUGACAAAGGAGCAGUGUCCUCGUGAAGUUCGCCAGCUUGUCGCUCGUAUGCACUGUAACUUGGGACAUCCGGUGCCCAGCGAGUUCUUCCAGUUCCUGGCUCAGAGAGGCGCCUCGCAGGCCACGCUGCUGUGCGCCAGAGCGCUGAGGUGCCCGGCGUGCCUUCGUCGCAAACGGCCUCAGCGACAGCGGGAGUCACAGAUUCCAAGGGUGGGUCUGUUCAACGACUUAGUCAAGGGCGACUUGUUCUACGUCAUGACCCACGACGGAGACGUCUGGGAGAAGUUCCAGACGUGCUGGCUCACCCCGUUCGGGAUUAUGCAGAUUCUGGUUGUCGACAGGGACGGCGCCUUCGAAGCCGUGUUCAUGGACAACUGCCACACGUUGGGAAUCGACGUGAGGUACGUGCCGCCGGGAGCUCACUGGCAGUUGGGCCUGGCCGAAUCCGGCAACUACGCCUGGCGCCGAGUCUUCGAGAAGGUGAUCGACGUCAUCCUGCCGACGAUGCCAGAGCACGUGGACCUUGCGAUCAUCUCGACGAGCCACGCCGUAAACCAGUCAGUGCGCCGAGCAGGCCGCACCGCCUAUGCCGCCGCCUUCGGACGGGUACCCACGCUUCCGACCGAGCUCUUGGCUGACACCACGUCCGCCGAGUUCUGGCACAAUUGCACCCAGGAUGAGAUGCUGGCCUACGGGGAGAGAUGCCGCAUUGAGGCGCUCAAGGCGAUCGCCGACCUGGAGGCCGACGAGGCGCUGCGCACCUCCAUCCUCCGCCAGCCUGUCAACCGCAAGGAGUACGACUUCCUCUCGAGACAGCGCGUGGCAGCCUGGGGCGAGCAUGGUCGCAAGCGACGGGGCAAGACGCCCGUGGCAGGGUAUCGCCCGGGCAUUUUCUGUUUCUGGGAUUCCGGCACCAACGGCUACGGCAAGGGCGAGUCUGCCUGGUUGCGGAUCGGGCACCGCACUGUGCAGGUGGCCCGCGAACACAUACGCCCAGCCGUCGGUUUCGAGGGCUGGACCCCUUCCGAGGAGGACCUCAAGGAGCUCAAGACGGCCGAGCAGGACUUGGCGAAGGCCAGAGCGGUACCCGGCGUCGAGCCCAGAGUCGAGCCGAAGGCGAAGCUCCAGAGCCCGCUGCGCCCUUUCCGUGCAGCCUUCGUGUCCAACGAGUCGGACGAGAUGGAGUUCAUCACACCGGAUGGCUGGGACGGAGUCGAGGAGCCAGUCCUGCUCAGGACCCGCGUGUUCUCGAGCCUGGCGGAGGUCCAGGAGGCCUACGAGGCGCACCUCUUGCCCAUCGAGAACUUCGAGAACGACCCGAUCGACGACAGCGAGCCGGACGACGACUGGACAAACUGCCUGUACAUGACCUACCACGAGCUCUCCGACCUCAGGGACGGCGAGAUGGACGUGGACUGUGCGACAGCACAGGUGGGCGACACGACGGACUCGAACAACCUGUCGAGACGCGAGCAGCGUCAAUUGGAUCGUGAAAUCCCCUGGCGGGAGAUCGCAGAGUACCCGGAGGACCAGUUCAUGGAGUACGUCAAGGCCUUGCGCAAGGAGUGCCAGAACUGGGACACCUGGAAGUCCGUUCGGGCCUGCUCGCAGGAGGAGGCCGAACAAGUUCGUCGUGACCCUCAUCUCCGCAAACGGUGCAUCCGCUCGCGCGUGUGCUACCGGGACAAGAACUUGGGGUUUCCUCCGUUGAAGGCCAAGGCUCGCCCGGUGUUGCUGGGGUUCUCCGACCCCGACCUGGAGAAGUUGCCGCGUAACGCCCCGGUGCUGACCGAUGCUGGCAAGAAGCUGAUCUGCCAGAUCGCGGUCUCGAAUGACUGGCGAGUCGGGACCGGAGACGCGGAGAGCGCCUUUCUCCAGGGAGGUGCCCAGAGCGAGCGCGAGGAGGCGAUCUACAUGAUUCCGCCCAAGGACCCGAUAGUUCAAGCCGCCGGAGUCUUCGCCGCCCCACUCUACGAGGUGGUCGGCAACCUGUACGGUCAGUCGACGGCGCCGUACCUAUGGUACAAGCACGUGGUGACGACCUUCCUGGCGCUGGGCAGCAAGCUCCACAGCCUCGAUUCAGCUCUCUUCCUGUGGUUUUUUCCGAACAAUGAGUUGGCUUGCGCGGUGGGCAUGCACGUGGACGAUGCUCUUGCGGCACACCAUCCCAAGUUCGACUUCACACCGAUCGAGAAGGCUAUUAAAUGGCGAGGCUGGCAGUGGGACAACUUCGUCUUCCUCGGCGAGGAGUACCAGCGCCUACGUCAAGGUCCGUACAGCGGAAGUUUGUUUGUUCAUCAAGCGGCCUACACUAAGGCGAUUGCAGUCACGAAGGUUGGAGUUAUGUCCAGCACUCGGUCUUCUUCUAAGCUGACGCGUUCUGAGCGCGAAGAUCUGGAGUCUGCUGUCGGUUCGCUCCAGUGGUUGUCCGGACACGCACGCCCAGACCUGUCAGCCGCGGUUUCCCUUGUCCAGAGGACCGACCCCGAGCUGAACGACCUACGGAUGGCCAUGAAGCACGUAGAGUACGCGCACCGCACAGCCCAGACUGGCAUCCUGAUCGUCCGCGUCGAUUUGAGCCGCGCCUGCUUCGUGAGUUUUGCAGACAGCUCAUGGGCGAACGCUCCAGGAUUGAAGACCCAGAUCGGCACCCUCAUCUUUCUGGCAGACGAGGUGAUACUCACCGGACCCACGUCAUGUACUCUCUUGUUUCACAAGUCCAAGAGAACGCCGAGAGUGGUGAGAUCUACGCUGGCUGGGGAAGCUAUCGCGCAGGACCUGGGAGUGGACUACGCGUCGUACUUGUCGAAGUUCCUGUCCGAGAUGUUGACUGGACGGCCUGCUGGCCGACACCCACCGAUCUUCGAGGUUAUCACCGUUACCGACUGCAAGUCUCUGUACGAUGCCCUCCACCAGCUCACCCCGAGUUUGUCUGAGAAACGUACUGUGAUCGACGUGAUUUCCAUUCGUGACGAGGUGAAGGUCAAGAACGUCAGAUGGAUCCCUACGACGCACAUGAUAGCCGACGGCAUGACCAAGGAGGAUCCGAAGCUUCGUGAGAAUCUGACCAAGUUCUUGGCGGAUCCAGUGCUUUCGCUCGUGGAGUCGAUUGCUUGCGAGGAGCUGACCGGUGGGGAUGGCCAAGUACAGAAGAAGUGA